GAAUAGUAAAAUUAGUAAAUACGAAUCUCGAAUGGGUGUACGAUUAAUAUUUAAAAAAGUAUUUGAACCGGGUUCGGACCAGGUUUAUGUUAUUGUUUACUAAUAAUUAUUUUAAUAUGUUUUCACAAAUCAUACGUAGUGUGAACCUAGAUGUCGAGUCGUCAACGGAUGCAUCGGACGAAUUCGCUAAGCUCUCGAAACAAUUUGAGCAAUCGCAUUUAGAAUAUGAAGAUGCUAAGGCCAGGCUAGAAGAGACCAACAAGGAAAUAAAUCACUACGAUGAACAGUUGAACAUAAUUGAAAGGGAACGUGUUAAACUCAUGUCGGAGUUGGCUCUUCAAAUGCAGAUGAAACAUGACUUAAAGAAUAAAGUAGAGAGUCUAAAAAAUAUACUGCAAUCAACAGAGUUUGACUUAAAAAAAUAUAACAAAAUGAAGUUAAGUACUGCUGAUCUAGAUAUUUUCUCUCAUACUAAAAAAACAUUUAUUACUUAUAAAAAUAUAUUGAAGAUAUAUUUUGAUUAUUCCAAUGGUGCAAACGCAACUACACAAAAAGGAUAUACGUUCAACAGGAUCACAAAAAAAUUAGCUUACUUUGAGUUCAAUACAGAUGAAAAAACAGACAAUGAAAUUGCAGAAUGCUUAUGGAAUAAAAUUAAGUUAGUUUCAGAUAAAACUUGGGAAAUGUUAACUGAAUAGUAAUUUUCUUACCUGUAAUGAAGGCAUAAUAUUAUGUAUUUUUUAAAAAAUAAUUGUAAUUAGGAAUUUGAUUUUUAUCUUGAACAAUUGUGAACUGCCAUUUGGCUUAUUAGUUAUUUUUUUAAUACAAAUAUAAUAUGACAUAUUUUUACUACAGUUACUAACCAUUUUGUAAAUUAAAAAAAUUUUUAUCAUACAAAUUAUACAUUGCAUAUUUGUUAUAUAAAAAAUAAAUAUUUCUAACUGAAGAAUCUUUAAGUAACAUUUUAAAAGAAAUAUUUAAAUGGUAUUUGUUAAAAUAUUAUUAUGUAUAGUGUAUACUACAUAUUAAAUGUUUAAUCAUUUUAUCUUAUA